AUGUCGAAACGUUCUAAACGGAUUUUAGAUCUAGUAAAUUCUGAUGAACAAGAUCCUGUUUAUCAGAUUAUGAAAGAGACAACAACUGUCAAGGCUGACUGUCAAGAUUAUUCCAUGCCUACAGAACCUGACCCAGAUUCUUCGCCGAUACGUGUGCAUUCCGAUGAGGAAUUAACACAAUGUCUGCAAGAAAUACUGAAUGAUAAUAACGUGUUCAGUGACAAGAAUGAGCCUGUAAAUACUACUAUACCAGAAGAGAGAAUUCCUGAAGAAACCAUUCCUGAUAGGAGAAAGCCUGAAGAGACUGUGGUUUCCGUAACAGAAGAAACACAGGCAAUCUCUAAAAGUGCAACGCCGUCAAUUGCCUACUCAACACCAAUACCGUCGCCAGUUCCUGUUCACGAAGAACCAUGUGGAAAUAAUUUCUGUGCCAUAUGCAUGGAAGCGUAUGCCAUUAGGCCCGAUGAAGUCUAUCUAAAUCUUCCAACACCUUCUACAAUAACAGGCACUUCUACUAACGUAACACCGACUACACAAAAAGUUUCCAAGAAGAAAACUUAUAAAACAGAUAUAGGAAAGAAGAGACUUGAACAUAAAGAGCUUUGGUGUGUAGUUCAAAGAAAGAAAUUGAAAAAUGAAGGAAAAUCCUAUACAAAUAAAAAAGGGAAACAAAUUGAAGAAAAGGUAUUAGGCCAGCCGUGUGGAAAGAAAUGUCGCUACAAAUGUACUGAAAACUAUGAUCUAAAGCAAAGAGAGGUUAUCUUUUCAAAAUUUUGGAAUCUGGGCGAUCGUAAUAGGCAAUGGGAGUUUGUUAUAAAGUACACGAAAAAGAUUAACAAAGGGCGUAAAACCACUGAAAUAAUAAAACACAAACGUGAAUAUACCUAUGUUUAUUAUCUCCCAACUGCAGAAAAGGAAACAAAAAGAGUAUGUAAGUUGAUGUUCUUAAGUACAAUAUCUUCUGGUGAGCGAAUAAUAACAACAGCUUGGAAGAAAUAUGACGGCAUAGCGGCUGUAGAAAAGGACAAGAGAGGAAUGUAUGACCAUAAACCUAGAGUGAUUGAUGAAGUAAUGGUACAAAGUGUAAAAGACCAUGUAAAUUGUUUAGAUCGAGUGGAUUCGCACUAUACACGCAAAGAUUCUAAAAAACUGUACUUAAAUAAGAUAAAAAGUACUUCGCAAAUGCACAAACUGUAUGUUGAAUGGUACGAUCCUAAUAAAUACAAUAAUCAAGCCAACAAACGUCAAUACCGUGACAUUGUAAAUGUUAAUUUCAACUUAGCAUUUCACAAGCCCAAAAAAGAUUUGUGUGAAGUAUGCCAUAGCUUUGAGAACAACCAGCUUCCCACAGAUGAAGAAAAACAAAGAUUCUUUGAACAUCAAGCACAAAAAAAGAAAGCUCGAUCACUUAAACAAGCUGAUAAAACAGAAGCAUGUGAAAAUCCUGAAAUUGUUGUAGCUACGUUUGACUUUCAAAAAGUUUUGCAGGUUCCACACGGUGAAGUGAGCAUAUUUUAUUAUAAAAGGAAACUGAAUACUUUCAAUUUUACAGUGUUUGAGCUUGGAAACAAAACUGCGACUUGUUACAUGUGGCAUGAGGGUAUUGCUAAAAGAGGGGCCAAUGAAGUAUCAAGUUGUUUGUACGAUUUCAUUAAAGUGAAUGCCGAAAAAGGGGUGCGUGAAUUUAGAUUUUGGUCGGACAAUUGCGCUGGCCAAAAUCGAAACCGAAUUGUUUUUGCUUUAUAUUUGCUUGCUGCUAAGGAGUUUGGAGUAACUGUAAUGCAUAGAUUUAUGGAGAAAGGGCACACCCAAAAUGAAGGGGACAGUGUUCACGCACUUGUAGAAAGAGAGAGUGAGCGGAGAAUGAUUUACGUUCCCGAUGAAUGGUUCUGCUUGGUGCGGUGGGCGAAAACAGAAGGUAAGCCGUACAAUGUAAGAGAAAUGACCUCACAAGAUUUCUACAAUUUCAAAGAUUUAUUGGCGAACAGAAACUGGGUAAAAGAUGUAAGAAAUGAAAAAAUGAAAUGGACACAAAUAAGAGAGGUUAGAGUUAAGGGCAACGUUUUCGAUCGUAUAGAAUACAAAUACGAUUUCGACGACGAGCCGAAGACUUUAUUGGUUCUCAGAUCUACUAAAAGAAACACCCAACGCCAGAAUGAUUUUAAAAUAUCUCAAGCUUAUGAUGGCCCCGUUCUUAUUCCAUAUGCUAAAAGCAAAGAUCUUAAUUAUAUGUGCAAAUCUGGUGUCAUUCCUGAAAAAUAUCAUGGUUUUUAUAGAGACUUGCCACAUGUUUCUAAUGGAGUAGUCCAAGAAAGUGACUCUGAAUCUGACGAAUAAAAUCUGAAAGGCUGUGAUUUUUUUAUUUUUUAUUGAUACUAUUGUAAUUUUGAAGGUCCUGAUUUUUUACACAAUUUUAUUGUUUUUCAAUAUUAUAAUAAAGUAAGGUUUUAAAGUACAACAGUAAGACUGAUAAUGGUUGUAGUAAUUAAU